AUGGAGGAAGUGACGGGAAAACAAGUCGAAAAGGAAGAGAGAGUUAUUGGAGAUUACGCCAGCAGGUACUCAUUCCUCAACGAGAUUAACGAACACGUGGCCAACUCUGUGCCGCAGAAGAUCACGCGCUAUGCCAUUCACGACCCUGAUGUUCUCCUCAGCACGAACGCCAAGUUGACGCUGAGACCACUUCGACCUUUCAAUGAGUCCAGGGCGACAACCACAGAUCAUUUGCUGAUAAAAAAGUACGACUUCCACUUGGAAUUGGGUCUGUUCGAGGUCAAAGAGUUCGGCGCCGAAGCAAGUAAUUACUAUGGCCAGUCUACGACAGCACGACACACCGAGAUCACGUACGGUGGGAUUGCCCGCUGGCCAUGA